AUGGCUGAAGGGAGCAGCACGGCGGGGAUGACCAAGAAGGAGAAGGAGCGGCAGGAGAUCAUGCUGGCAGCAGGACGAGCCUCCUCCACCUCCUUCGCCCUCUUCCUCAACUCCCUGAGCAAGAAGAUGCCCUGCCCUUACAUCAUGCUGCCGGCGGUGAAGGACGCGAUCUCGGCCGCCAUGGAAGUCCCCUGCAUCGAGAUUUGCCAUCAGUUCGUGCUGUCGAUCUCCGAGCUCAUCGCGGUGGUGAGGUACGGGAGCAGCAUCCGCAUACCAAGGUCCCUCGGCAACGAGCAGGAUUUCUUCAUCAAGUUCCGGUCGCUGUGCCGGGAGCGAAUGCACCCUUUGGUCCACGACUUCACUCCCGAGUCUCCCGUGUACUCCACCAUGAAGAAGCUCGUCAUGUCGAUGCCUCGACUGCCCGACCUGAAGGAGGAGUAUGUGAGGUUCACCGUCGAUACCCUUGGCGCGUCGUUGUCGGCGGCUCAGAGGGACUCUUUGCUCCUGCUGGCGCAUCAUGUGAAGGUCAUCGAGCAAAACACGCGGAAGGGGUUUGACCAGAGCGCCAAGGAGAUGAGAAUCAAGAAGCAGGCGGCAGAUUUGCAUCCGGACUUCUCCUGCCCUCUAGGCAUCAGAUCCAAGACGAAGGAGGGAGCUGGCAAGGACGAGGAGGAGUGCUUGUCGAACCUGCUGGAUACUGAGACCAUUCAAAGGAUCAACAUGCUGCGUACGAGGGACAGGAAGAUGGCGGUAGAAAAGCUCAUCAAGGAGCUGAUCUCCCACAUCUACCAGUCGAAGAUGAAGGAGAACGAGGAUAAGAAGAAAAUGCGACCGCAAACCGCUCGCCCGGACCUCAAGUCUUCUCGAGAAAUGUUCCAAUCGCAUGGGACGGCCAAUAGCUUCACUCAGUUGGGGAAGAACAAAGCCAGCCAACGGAGAAUCACGGUACCAGUGGACCGACAAGUCGUCAACAUGUGGUAUCAGAGCAAGGGUUUGUACCAUACUCCUUACGAGAGCCUGUCUGGCAAAGAACUAGCCUCCGGCAACUCGCCGCAGUACUGGUUGGAUCCUGAAACAAACGUCUACCGCCUCGUCCCCUCCUACCCCACAGUCGGGAGGCAUCCAAUGCUGCGAACUUCGCGGCCUAAGUCAGCUGUUGUCCAUCAGGACACGGCGAGGUUUAACAAGGAGGAGAGGAUAGAACCAGCUCCAACCAAGAACGUGGUGAGGGAUGAGAUCGAGAAGUUGACGAUGGGGAGGCUGAAGAGCACCAGGAGGGAGCUGGAGAUCUUCGAGAGAGCCAAGACCGCAACGCAUAGGAAGAUGCAGCAGGCAGACGAGGCGAUCCAUACGCUGCGCAAGAAGCUGAACAAGAAGCGGGGCCUCUCCAUCCCCUCCACCCCCAGAGGUCCUACGAGCGUGGCGAGCCCCAGGAGCGAGCGCGUCGCCACUCCUACCCUUGUCAAGUCUCCUCAUCGCCCCAUCACUGCCCCUCGACCAGUCGGUGCCUCGAGCUCCAGCCCAGCAGCUCAUGAUUCCUUCUUCAAGUCUCCUCGGGUGAUUUCCCCGAUCAACCUGCCGCCCUGA